AUGCCUCGUCCACGAGUCAAAGAUGAAGACCGCAAACGAGUAGCGCGGGCUUGCGACACCUGCAAGCGAAGAAAGGAGAAAUGUGACGGUCAGCAGCCUUGUCUCCUCUGCAAGCGCCGUGGGAGGGAACCCGAAUGCGUCUUCAGCGACGUCUUUUCCAAGGGCGGGUCGCAUCGGCAGACCAGCACCCCGUCAUCGCAGCCCAUCACGUUGAAGGAUGCGCUGAACGAAUCCAACGACGCCGAAAUCGCCAUUGAGUCGCUUCUGACACUGUCCGGUUCGAGGAGCGCGGCAAAGACUCCUCAGUACGACAGAGACCUCGACGAUGUGAUUUCAAAGGCACCCGUGCCAAAGCUGGCCCGACUGCUUCGGGAUGGUCGCGGCAAGUUCAUCUUCGUCGGAGACUCGAGCAAUCUUGCAUUUGUGCAGAACAUCCGCCGCUUGGUCAAGGCCGAAAUAGGAGAAUGCCCAUUGACUUCAGAUCCUCUUCGUCAUGCCAUGUGUGAGGUGAUUCCGCCUCACAAGGUGCCAACUCCCGCACAGUCCCAGCACCCGAAGCCCACCGUCGCCGAGGCCCAAGACCUCAUCAAGCACUACCUGUUGGCUUCGAGUGGGGUGAUUGAUCUGUUCGACCCUGAUGAUAUCACCGACCACCUGCUCUCGUGGGCCCGAGAUUCCACGGCCGAGACAGACUUCAACAGCUCCAUCUACUACCUGGUCAUGGCCAUCGGCGCCUUGACCAGGACUUCAAGUGAUCUGGACCAAGCCGAGUUCUACUUCCUGCGCGGUCGCGAGAUUGGAGUAUCGAGUUUUCUCGAAGACCCAAGCGUCCUCACGAUUCAGGCCUACACGCUCAUCACAUUUUACAUGCUGUCGGCAGUGAGGAGGAACGGCGCCUUCAUGCUAUUGGGGAUUGCUGUUCGUGCAGCGUACGCCCUGGGUCUGCACAGGAGCGACAUUUCAAACUUGUUCGAGCCGAGGGAAAGGGCCGCGCGAGAAAGAGUAUGGAAGAGUCUGCGCGUGCUUGAUCUGUACAUGAGCGGUUCACUUGGUCGGCCGCCAGCCACGUCCGAAGUCGAUGGCGGAAGCGUCUCAUGGAACCGAUCCAGCAGAGACUAUGAAGAUAUACAGAUGAAUGGCCGAACCACUUCAGCCACGUUGAGAAUAUGUUUCAUCUUCGAGCGGAUCCUGAAUGAGGUCUAUUGUCGACGAGAGGUUUCGGUCCAGCUUGUGGAGAGCAUCUCUCGACAGUACCGCGACUGGACAAUGCAACUGCCUGCCGGUCUCCAGGCUGACAGCCUUGAUUCCAAAGAGGGAUCCACCGCGCCCUCGCUCAGACAGACCAUUGGAAUUGCGCAUCUGAAGGGAGCAUAUUACUGGUCCAUUAUACUGUUGACCAGACCGUUUCUCAUCUUCAAAGUGUCAUCCAAGAUCAAGGGUCGUUCAGAGGACGAGGACAGCGCAGGAAACUCGGUGACCAUGACCUUGAGCGAAGCAUGCAUUGACGCAGCACUGAGAAGUAUUGAGAUUGCGACUGAUAUCGUUCACACGAUUGGUGUUCCCAAGAGACUGUUCAUGAUCACCAACAGCACAUUCAUCUCGGCGAUGGUGAUUGGGUUUGCCAUCUUCGGUGACUUCGACAAGUCGUUCCCGCUGCUCAGCAGCAUGGCCCAGGCGGAAGCCAUACUAACCAUCAUGGCCAAGGAUGACCUAUCUGCGCGUCGCCAAUAUGAGAUAACGAGUUAUCUCCGUCUCGCAGCAUUGGAGCACAUCAACAGGCGAGACCAGAUCCAGAUGCAAAGGCGGAGGCAGGACAUCCAUAAUAUCUUUGGCGACCCAAUCAACAAGGCCAAUGGCAGUACACCGACGAGACCCAGCACAGGAUCACAUACCCCGGAUCAGGUCCUCGCCUCCGACGUGGCCCAGAACGGCAAAGUGGGCAACGCCCUGUUCGAUAUGGCGGAUGCUGGUGAUGCCGCGCCGCCAUGGCAAUUACGGUUUGAUAUGCCGCCUGAAAGUCGGGGCCCUGUUUUAACCACCUCUGGUGCCCUGGCUUACGCGGGUGAGGAUUCUGCUGAGCAGGUCCCGCCUCUGCCACGGACGGACUUCGGACAAAUGCCAGACGCUGGUUACCUCUCACCGGAUGGCUCGGGAAUCCCGAGUCUGCCGUCCUAUGCUGAAGAAUUUCCGCUCUUCUCAUUAAUGACAGAAUUCGAUCAGCUGCAAGAUCCGUUCAUGGUCAGGACAUAA